GUUGCUGGUGACGAUUAUAACAUCCUUCAUUAACAUAUUGAUAUGCUGCUACAAAGUUUCCAUGUCUAUUAUCAAGGACGAUGUCCAGUUGUCAUUUUACAUAAUGUACGUCGGAUUUUCGAUAGGCAUAAUGUUGCCUCUGUUCGCACCGUGCAUGCUCGGAGACCAGGUCCACAACGAGGUUCGGAGGCUGCGGGAGCUCAUAGCUUCCAGACUCUAUGAAAACCAACUUGAUAAAGCAUCUCGCGGCAUGGCGCGCGCUCUGCUCGCGUGGACCGAGACGCGCGACCUCUCAUUCUCGUUGCUUCGUAUGCUGGACAUCGACAUCUCCUUACCGUUCAAGUUCGUCGGCCUUCUUGUCACAUACCUCAUUAUAUUGCUGCAGUUCCAGAAGGUCAUCAACCCUUAGAUCGUGUUUUGUUUUCCGAUUGUGAAAAUCGACUAUGUAAGAGUUUUUGACUGGUCGCAGUGAGGCUUAUUAAU